AUGCUAGCUCUGCUUGCAACAGCCUCGGCGCUCACCGCGCCGCCGCGGCGCGUGCGGCGCGUAGGCGCACGACUCCAUGCGGAGCGCCGCCUCGAGCAGCUCUCCAACGCGCUCAAGGCGCCGCAGCCGCGGCGGUCCUACGCGCCGCCGGGAGAAUUUUACGAGUGCGGCACGCUCGACAGCAAGUCGUUCGACGCGCCGGAGGGCGACCGGUCGCUGUCGCGCACGGUGAGCGUCGUCGCCGCGUACCUCGCGUACCCGGCCGUCGUCGCGGUGCUGUCGCAGAUCCCGCCGCCGAACGCCGUCGAGGGCGGCUACCAGGGCAGCAAAAGGGUGAUUCAACUUCGCUUCAACGUGAGCGGUUACUUUUUUAGCCUGAUCUCCAUCGUCUUCGGCACGCUGACGGCGUCGACGAUCUCCGACGCGACGUCGCGGCUCGGCGCGCUGCGCGGCGCGGCCGUCGAGGAGUGCACGCUCAUGCUGCCGCUCGUGAAGACGCUCGAGAUCGUGCUGCUCGAGGACGACGCGCCCGGGGCGCCGCCGCGGGCGCGGCGCGUCGAGGUCUUUGAGCAGUGCGCGGAGCAGCUCUGGCUGCACUCGACGGACCUCAUCGCGGGCACGCGCGAGCUCGAGCUCGAGGCCAUGGCGUCGUCCGUCGACAACCUGGGCACGCUCUACGCGACGCUCCGGCGCGCGCAGCUCGAGUGGCGCGGCGACGGCGCCUACGACGUGCUGACGUCCGCGCUCGAGACGACGGAGCGGCUCAUGGAGGCGCGGGGCGUCCGGCUCUCGCUCGAGAACUCGGGCAUCCCGCCCGUGCAGUUCAGCGUGCUGCGGGCCCUGUCCGUGGCGCUCGUCGUCGCCUACACCUACCUGACGCUCGACCGGCCCAUGCCCGUGCGCGUGCCGCACAUGCUCGGCGCGGUGACCGUCGACGGCGCGCUCGUCUUCGACGCGUCCUUCGGCGUCCACGUCCUCUUCGCGUUCAUCGUCGGCGCGUUGGUCGUCUUCAACGCGCUCGCCGUCGACUUCAACUCGCCCUUCAGCGGGCUCUACCGCCUCGAGUCGAACACGGUCGCCGCGAGCCUGAAGCAGCUCCGGGCGACGAUCCGGCCCUACGUGACGACGACGCCGCUCGGCCGCGUCCGGCCGUCGGACGAGACCGCGGCGUCGCUCUACGGGGAGCGCGUCCAGCUCCCGAACGACCUGUGA